AUUGUCUGUGUGUGAAAUUUUAUACCAGCAUUUAAAUAUGUCCUCCGGGUAGCAAUUAGGUGAUCAAGCUGCCGGUGUGUGCAAGCAAAAUGGCGGACUUGAGCUUUAGAUAAUUGAUGCGAAUUCGAAUUUCAUUGAAUUUGAUUGACAGUGAUACGCAACCUCUGAUUUGGGGGAAAUUCUGAAGAAUAUAUAUUAAGAUUUGAUUACUGAAAAUUCUGAAGGACAUUACUGUAUGUGAAAUUGCACGUGUUUAUUGCCUGAUUCAGGAUGACUUUUCUUCCAUGUUGAUCGAUGUGAAUAUUGUGAUCUGAAAAUAUUCCUGAAAAUUGAUAUUUCUUAGUGGCACAAAUACCCAUCGCGGAUCGAAGGUGAAGAUGAAGGCAAAACAACGUGGCAUCGUUAUUUCUGUGUUAGUUGUCUGUGCCCUAGUUCACUACGUCAUCUACAACCUCCUCCACGACCCAAACCAAUACACCAACAACAACCAGCCUGAUAUUGAUAGAGCUAGUCUCAUUGUUUCUAGUGUUGGAGAAGGACAAGAAACAAUAUAUAAUAUCAACUCCUAUACUAUUAUGUAUUACGACAUGCCUUCGUGGAUGUCUUUCAAUAUUAGGGUUCUGAAUUCUUCCACCUGUCCACAGGUGAAAGGACAGUGUUUGGUAUACACUGACAACAAGUACUUGGACUCGGCAAAUGCAGUUAUUUUCUAUGGAGAAAGUCUAGGAAAAGUCCCAGAGAAGAAGGAAGGACAAAUAUGGACGUUCUUUUCGAUUGAAUCUCCUUUUCUGUAUUCAGUAGGGGAAGAAUGGAACGAUAAAUUUUCCUGGACAUUGACAUAUCGAGAAGAUUCAGAUUUUAAAUGCUUUUAUGGAAAAGUCUAUAAAAGAGAAAUACCCCUUGUGCGGGACUACUCAGAGAUAUUCAGGAAGAAAACAAAAAAUGUUGCCUGGGCGGUUAGCAAUUGUAACACGCCCUCCAAAAGAGAAUGGUAUGUCAAGAAGCUACAACAAUAUAUCGAUAUAGAUAUAUACGGCAGUUGUGGAAAACUUAAAUGUGGAAGAAGUUCCGCUACAAUAACUGAAUGUCAUAAAAAAUUCGCGGAAGAAUACAAAUUCUUCCUUGCUGUUGAAAACUCAGUGUGCAAGGAUUACACAACGGAAAAAUUAUUCAACUUUUUCUUUCAUGAUCUCGCAAUGAUUCCAAUCGUUAAUGGCCCUCAAAAUGUACAUGAGUAUAUUCCAAAAGGUACAUAUAUCAACAUAAUGGAUUAUUCAUCACCAUCUGAAUUAGCACAGGACUUACAAAGAAUAGGGUCUGAUGAGGAUCUCUAUUCUUCAUAUUUAAGGGGAAAAGAUAAGUAUGGUGCUCGACAAUUUAGUUGGUAUAAUGUUUUAUGCCCUAUGUGUGCUAGACUACAUGAGGAGAAACAAACUUCAUCUAUUCCAGAUAUCAACUCAUGGAUAUGGAAAGACACUUGUAUUAAACCAUCAUUAAUGUUAUAUUUAUGGUCUAUAUUUUAGAAUUAAACCAUGAAAAGAA